UUGCUUUAUUAGGAAAACCAAGACCGCCUCUGUUUUUCUUCCAAAUAACUGGUUUUCUAUUCUCCAUUAUCAAACCAAGAUGUACGUACAGAAAUUGAUUAUUUAAAUCUUUUUUUAUUCCUAAGAGAGAAUCAUUUGAAUAAUCCAUCAAUUAUUUUCCAAGAAACCUUAUACUGUAGUGCUUUUCAUCCAUUCCAGUGUCCAGAUAGCAGUUUUUUCUUUGCCCACUGUCUUCAAAACCAUCACUCUGACGGUAAGCAACUACGUACUAUACUACUCUAGUACAGUAUAUAUAUAAACUUCCAUGAUACCCUUCAUCACAAUUCACAACAAUCUUCAAACCCAUAACUUUAAAUUAAUUUUGCUGCUAAAAUCACCAAAAAGAAAAUUCCUUUUUUUUAAAUCUGAAAAAGAAUUCAGAAAUGGAGAGUAACAAUUCAGUUCCAGCGAGCUCACCGUGUGGAAUUGGAACACUGGGGCGGCACUUGGCUCGGCGGUUAGUACAAAUCGGCGUGAAGGACGUGUUUUCAGUUCCCGGUGACUUCAACUUGACGUUGUUGGAUCAUCUCAUAGCCGAGCCGGAGCUGAAUUUGAUCGGCUGCUGUAACGAGCUUAAUGCUGGGUACGCUGCGGACGGGUACGCACGUGCGAAAGGGGUGGGAGCGUGUGUGGUGACGUUCACUGUAGGGGGACUGAGUGUGCUAAAUGCUAUUGCUGGGGCCUACAGUGAAAAUUUGCCUCUCAUUUGUAUCGUUGGUGGGCCUAAUUCCAAUGACUAUGGGACCAACAGGAUUUUGCAUCAUACUAUUGGAGUGCCAGAUUUUAGUCAGGAACUUAGAUGUUUUCAAACUGUUACUUGCACUCAGGUAUGUUCAUAUAUUCCCU